GAAACUAGCAUGCAGCCACCUUCCACGGGAGCGGGAGCCAUGUCCAGGCUUCUCCCCCUCCUCCUCCUCAGCUCCUCCCUCUUCGCCUUAACCACCAACGCCGACGAGCGAGGGCUACUACAGUUCUACGACUGCCCGAGCAACACGAACUACACGCGCGGCAGCGCGUUCCAGGCCAACCUCAUCGCACUCCUCUCCUUCCUCCCCGCCGCCGUGGCCGCGUCCUCCGGGUUCGCCGAGAACAUCACAGGCUCCGCGCCCGACCAGGCGUACGGCCUCGCGCAGUGCCGCGCCGACCUCAACGCGUCGGACUGCCGCGCGUGCCUCGACGGCUCGGCGCGGGACAUGACCGCCAUGUGCCCCGGCCAGAAGAGCGCCAUGCUCAUCUACGACGGCUGCCUUCUGCGGCACUCCAACGCGAGCUUCUCCGGCGUCGUCGACACGUCGGCGUGGGUCUGCAUGUGUAACACGCAGAACAUGACGCAGCCGGAGGAAUUCAGUUCGCGGCUCGGCGCGCUGAUGGGUAACCUCACGGCGAAGGCGGCGUACGCGUCCCCGCAGAUGUUCGCGGCCGGUGAGACCAGCCUCACGCCCUUCGUGAACAUCUUCGGCAUGGCGCAGUGCACGCGGGACCUCGACGACGACGACUGCAACCGCUGCCUCACCAGAGCCGUCGCGUCCAUCCCGAGCUGCUGCGACCGGAAGCAGGGCGGCCGGGUCAUCUACCGGACCUGCUCCGUCCGGUACGAGGUGUACCCGUUCUACAACGCCCAUGCCGCCGAGGCCGCGAUGUCGCCGGCGCCGACCCCGGGAGGAGGGCCCGUCAACGGCAGCGAUCACUCGGGCCCAGGAAGCAACGGGAGUAGUCGCACGGUCACGACGGCUCUUCUCGUGUCAAUUCCUGUCGCUGUUGGGCUGCUAGUGCUGCUGCUAGUUUCUGCCUGUCUCUGCAAGAGGAACAGAAAACCACGCAAGCAUGUGCCGGUUGCAAGCAACAUGCAUUCAGAUGCUGAAGAAAUGAGAAGCUCAGAGUCUCUAUUGUAUGAUUUGAGCACGCUGCGAGCUGCCACCGACAACUUUUCAGAAGAAAACAAGCUGGGCGAAGGCGGGUUUGGGCCUGUCUACAAAGGUACACUGCAAAACGGGCAGGACAUUGCAGUGAAGAGAUUGUCAGCAACUUCGCAGCAAGGACAAGUGGAGAUGAAGAACGAGGUUUUCCUGUUGGCAAAGCUCCAGCACAGGAACUUGGUGCGACUGCUCGGCUGCUGCAUCGAGGAACACGAGAGGCUCCUCGUCUACGAGUUCCUAACCAACAACAGCCUAGACAAGAUCCUCUUCGAUCCUGCUCGGCAGCAGCAGCUGGGCUGGGGACUGAGGCUGAAGAUUAUCGAGGGGAUCGGCCGAGGGCUCCUUUACCUCCACGAGGACUCGAGGUUGACCAUCAUCCACCGCGAUCUCAAGGCGAGCAACAUAUUGCUGGACGCGGACAUGAACCCCAAGAUCUCCGACUUCGGCUUGGCCAAGCUGUUCAACAUCGACUCGAGCGUCGGAAACACCAGCCGCAUUGCCGGGACCUACGGGUACAUGUCGCCGGAGUACGCCCUGCACGGCAUCUUCUCUGCGAAAUCAGACGUUUUCAGCUACGGCGUCCUCGUCCUGGAGAUCGUCACUGGCCGGCGCAACACCUUCACGCAUGCGUCUGGACCCUCUGAAGAUCUGCUCACCUAUGUCUGGAGGCACUGGAGCCGCGGGAGCGUGCAGCCGCUGCUCGAGGGGUGCCCCGGCGAGGGCCGGCGGCCGCAGGAGAUGCUGAGGUGCAUCCAUGUCGGGCUGCUCUGCGUCCAGGAGGAUCCGCAGCUCCGGCCCAGCAUGGCGUCCGUCGUCGUCAUGCUCAACAGCCGCUCCAUCACGCUGCCGGCGCCCGCCGCGCCAGCGUACGCGGUUCCCGGACGUGCGGACGCGCAGGGGACCGUGAGGAACAACACCGUUGGGUCUCGAGAGCACUCCAUCAAUGACGUUUCCGUUUCUGACUUGGAGCCGCGUUGAUAGAUCAUCUGUACUCGGCAGCAUGGACGACGUCGAUCGAUCAACGAACAGUGAUUGAUGGGCUCGAACUUUCAUCUAGUCUAGUUUUGAAUUACGCCUUUGUUUGUGUUGUUUUUAAACAGGUUUUGUACGAGGGAUUUGAUUAUUUUUGUUGGAAACCUUGGACCAAUAAAUUCUUCGUAGAUCAA